AUGGCAUUUCAGGAACUCCUGGAUGAGGUCGGCAGCCUGGGAAGAUUUCAGAUAAUUCACAUGGUUAUCCUUACAAUCUGCAAUUUCAUCGUGUAUCCUCAUGUUAUAUUGGAGAAUUUCACUGCAGCCGUCCCCGGUCAUCGCUGCUGGGUCCACAUCCUCGACAAUGACACUGUCUCUGACAAUCACACGGGGAUCCUCAGCCAAGAAGCCCUCCUGAAAAUCUCCAUCCCUCUGGACUCAAACCUGAGGCCAGAGAAAUGCCGUCGCUUCAUCCAUCCGCAGUGGCAGCUCCUCCAUCUAAAUAGGACCUUCUCAAACAUGAGCGAGCCAGACACAGAGCCCUGCCUGGAUGGCUGGGUGUAUGACAAAAGCUCUUUCCUCUCCACCACUGUGACUGAGUGGGGAAUGGUGUGUGACUAUCAGUCACUGAAUUCUGUUGCUAAAUUCCUAUUUAUGGCUGGAAUGUUGGUGGGAAACACCCUGUGUGGCUUUUUAACAGACAGGUUUGGGAGAAGGCUAAUUAUGGCAUAUUGUUUACUGCAACUGGCCAUCGUUGAAACUGGUGCAGCCUUUUCUCCCACUUUCCUUGUUUACUGUUUGCUUCGCUUCCUGGCUGGACUGUCUACCACAGCCAUAAUGACAAAUAGUGCUAUGCUCAUUAUAGAAUGGACAAAGCCCAAAUUCCAAGCCAUGGGAAUAAUACUAUCAGCAUGUGCUUCCGGUUUUGGACAGAUAUUAUUGGGAGGCCUGGCUUUUGUUAUUCGAGAUUGGUGCACCCUCCAGUUGGUGUUUUCUGUUCCGAUAUUUUUCUCAUUUAUACUCACAAGGUGGCUAUCAGAGUCUGCUCGGUGGCUGAUCAUCACCAACAAGCCUCAGAAAGGCUUAAAGGAACUUAGAAGAGCUGCACACAUUAAUGGAAUGAAAAAUUCCGGAGUUACCCUAACUGUGGAGGCUGUGACAUCCACCAUGAAGGAGGAGCUGGAGGCAGCACAGACAAAAAGUUCUCUGGGUGAUUUAUUCCGUAACUCCCAACUGCGUAAGCGGAUGUUUCUUCUUUCCUUUGUGAGAUUCUCAACAUGGAUGCCAGGUUUUGGCUUGAUUCUCCACCUGCAACACCUGGGGAGUAAUGUUUUCCUGUUGCAGGGUCUCUUCGGUGUACUCACCCUCCCAGCCAAUUAUGUGGCAUUUUUUGCUAUGAAUCGGCUGGGUCGUCGAAUAAGCCAACUGCUUUUCAUGUCCCUGGUGGGAAUCUUCAUUUUGACAAUCAUUUUUGUGCCUCAAGAAAUGCAGACCCUGCGUAUGGUUUUGACAGUUUUGGGAGGAGGAGUUUCUUUUGCUGCUGCAGCUACCAGUUCUAUUGGCCAUGCAAAUGAACUACUUCCCACUGUAAUCAGGGCAACAGCCUUAGGAAUCAUUGGAAUUGCUGGUAGUAUUGGGGCAGCCCUGGCUCCCCUUUUGAUGAUCCUAACAACAUAUUUUGCACCUUUGCCCUGGAUCACCUAUGGAGUUUUUGCCAUCCUCUCUGGCCUUGUUGUCCUUCUCCUUCCUGAAACCAGGAAUGAGCCUCUGCCUGACUCCAUCCAAGAUAUAAAAAAUGAAGAGAAAAGCUCAAGACAAGCAAAGCAGGAAGAUACCUUCACCAAAGUGACACAGUUUUAA